AUGUCUUUAUGGCUCCCCAAACCGUCCCCGUCUUUACUUGCACGCAGUUAUAGUCGCCAAAACUACCUCGUAACUCUUCGUGUGCUUGCGGGAGCAAGUCAAACCCACCGCGCUCAUCCUGUUCCUCUCCCGCUCGGCAGACGCUAUGAGAGUACAAAACCCAUCCCCGAGAGCGUGCGGAAAGUGUCGACCGAUGCUCAGGUCACCGCCGAGCCGAAACCUACACCCCCGACACCUAAGGACGCUGUAGAGACGGCUCCGCUGGCGACGCGGGUAUGGAAAAAGGUGAAGCACGAGGCCCAACACUAUUGGCAUGGUAGCAAGCUGCUCGGGGCGGAAGUGCGGAUCUCCUCGAGGCUGCUCUGGAAAAUCCUGCAUGGCGAGAGCCUGACGAGGAGGGAACGGAGGCAGUUGAAGCGCACGACGCAGGACCUUUUGCGACUUAUCCCUUUUGCAGUUUUCAUCAUCGUGCCAUUCAUGGAACUUUUGAUACCGGUUGUCCUCAAACUGUUUCCGAACAUGUUGCCUUCCACGUUCGAAGACAAGUUUGCAGCUGAAGAGAAGCAACGCAGACUUUUGCGUGUCAGGCUCGACAUGGCCAAGUUCUUGCAAGAGACUCUGCGCGAAUCUGGUUUGAAGGCCAACGUGCAUAUAGUCGGAAGUGACGCAUUCAAGGAGUUUUUCCGCAAAGUUCGGUCAACGGGAGAGUCCCCUUCCGCUACGGAUAUCAUCAACGUUGCACGCCUGUUCGAUGACGAUCUUACACUCGACAAUCUGUCGCGUCCACAACUAGUGUCCAUGUGCCGCUACAUGGGCAUUAACGCUUUCGGUACCGACAACUUCUUGCGCGGGACCAUUCGGACACGACUGCUUGAGCUGCGCCGGGACGACCAGCUGAUCGACAUGGAGGGCACGGACAAUCUCAGCACUUCGGAGCUCCAAGCGGCCUGUCAGAGCCGUGGCAUCCGAACCGGCGGUGUGUCUCCUGCGCGCUUGCGGGAGGAAAUAUUGACAUGGAUCAAUCUGCACCUGCACAACCGGGUCAGCGGCGUAUUACUCGUUCUUGCUCGGGCCUUCCAGUUCGUGAAGAAGCCCGGCGAGGAUGAGGACGGCAAGACGGCCAUUAUCAAAAGCCUCGAGAGCGUCUUGAGUGGCUUGCCAGACAAUCUGCUUAACGAAGCAGAGCUAGAGGUCGACUCUGACAAGGCGAGCUAUAAGCAGAAACUGGAAGUUUUGCAGCAACAGGAAGAACUCAUUGAGGAUGAAGAGGAGCAGGAGCAGAAGGAAGAGGACGCACGGCGGGCGAAGAAGGAGGAGGAAGCGCGUAUGGCCGAGUCCCUUUUACCCGAAUCGGAGCUGGAGCCCGAGCAUAUUGAAGAGAGCGAUGCUCGCAUGACAACGGAACAGCUAAAGGAGCUCGGAGAAGCGCUCUCGAUUCUCUCUGCAAAAUCCAGCGUGUUGAAGGAGCGCGAUGAGCUGCGCGCUCUCAUGGAGGAGAAUAUGCAAACUGACGAGGAGGAGGAUUCGAAAUCGCCCUCCGCUGCUCUGACGAAGCGCAUCCGCUCAAUGCUUACGAAAAUCGACCAGCAGCUCUCUGAUUACGAUGCGCGUGUCGGCUCUUCGCUACAGAUGAUCUCGUGCGAUUCGCAGGGCCGAAUCUCCGUACAAGACCUGGAGAAGGCGCUGGCCGUCAUCAAGCACAAGCCUGAUGAGGAAGUCGGACACAGGGUGAUUGAGAAGCUUGAUGUCGACAAGGAUGGAUUCGUUGAGCUGGAACAUGUUCUUGGUCUGGUUAGAGAGGAGGGUCUGGGCACAGUUCUUGAUGACGAAGCCCAAUCCAUCAUCGGACAGGGUGACGAGCUCAAGAAGAGCAAGCCGCGGAAGGAGGAUAUAGUCCAGGAGUGA